AUGUUUCGUUCGAUAUUUACCAGAAUUCCAUUCAAAAAUGAACUUCAUAGAAUGUCAACAUAUACAGGUAUAUUACGUACGCCCGAUUCAGCAUUCAUCAACCUAUUGGGUUAUCCUUUUGAACCAAAUUAUAUUAAUUUAUCGAAUCCUGGCUGUAUUGGUAAUGGAGAAACAAAAUUACGUCUACAUUAUUUAGACGAAGGAAAAUAUCGAAUAAUUGCCAUGGACUUAAUUGGAUUUGGUAAAUCAGAUAAACCGAUAAAUAAAGUUGAUUAUACAUACCAAAGACAUGUUAACUGGAUCCAAGAAGCUAUUGAAUAUUUAAAUUUAAAUGAUAUUACAUUAUUCUGCCAGGACUGGGGCAGUUUGAUUGGUUUACAAUUGGUUGGCACAAAUGGAAUAGAUAAUCGUUUUGCGCGGGUGGUAGUUGCAAAUGGUGGAUUACCUACCGGUGAUAUGCUUAUGUCCGACGCUUUCUUGCAAUGGCAAAAAUUUGCAUCGAAACAAACAAAAAUGGAUGUUGGUUCAAUAAUAAAACGUGCAGUUUUAAGAGAAAUGAAACCAGAAGAAAUUGCCGCCUAUAAUGCUCCAUUUCCAAAUGAAAAAUAUCAGGCUGGUGCAUUGGUAUUUCCAGAAUUGGUUCCAACAACCCCUGAUAAUCCUUCGUCACAAUAUAAUCGUGAUGCAUGGAAAAAUUUGCAAAUAUUCAAUAGACCAUUUUUAACUUUAUUCUCUGACUCGGAUCCAAUAACAGCUGGUGCGGAAAAAUUCUUACAAAUGUUGAUACCAGGUGCUAAAAAUCAAGCGCAUGCUAUAAUCUCUCAAGCUGGUCAUUUUUUACAAGAAGAUAAGCCACAUGAAAUUGUUGAACAUCUCAUUAAAUUUAUUAAUGAUAAUCCGUUGCCCCUCUACUCCAAACGUUAG